UUCUUGAAUUAAUUAUUGAUUACGCAAAAUGGAACCUAUUUGCUGCCAUUGAAGGGGCACGCAGAAAUUCCGUCUGCGUCUCCGAACGAAAUCUCUUCUUCUUCUCUCGAUCAGAUCCGUUUUGCUUCUUUUGAUAUUGGAUCACAUCUUUUGGGGAGUCGUAGGUUUGGUUACGAGGAGGAGGAGGAGGAGGAAUAAUCUUUGAUCUGGUGAAAGUUUCGCAUCUGAUUUAUAUACGGGGAAAAAACGUCUCUUUGUCGGAAUAGCAAGAAAGGAGUGAUUUUUACUGAUUCGGUGGACACCAUGGAUGUUCCUAGCUCUUGGGAUGCUUUACGGAAACAGGCUAGAAAGAUUGAAGCUCAGCUUGACGAGCAGAUGCAUUCAUAUCGUAGACUUGUUUCGACAAAGGCUUUAACAAAGUCAGACGGUACAGAGAGCGAUCUUGAAGCGGGGAUUGACUUACUGCUAAGGCAACUGCAACAAGUAAAUGCGCAGAUGCAAGCGUGGGUAUCUUCAGGUGGAUCAGAAAUGGUCUCACAUACUUUAACUCGGCAUCAGGAGAUCCUUCAAGAUCUGACACAUGAGUUUUAUCGACACCGCUCCAGUCUUAGAGCAAAGCAAGAGCAUGCUUCACUUCUUGAGGAUUUUAGGGAAUUUGACCGGACUAGGUUAGACUUAGAGGAUGGGGAUGGGUCUACAGAACAAGCCCUGCUCAAGGAACAUGUGGGAAUCAACCGCAAUACAGCGCAGAUGGAUGGUGUCAUUUCACAAGCUCAGGCAACACUUGGGACACUUAUGUUUCAACGUUCAAAUUUUGGAGGCAUCAACUCAAAGCUUAGCAAUGUCACCAGCCGUCUACCCACGGUGAACACUAUUCUGUCAGCAAUAAAGAGGAAAAAGUCUAUGGAUACGAUCAUUCUCUCACUGGUUGCGGCUGUAUGCACAUUUCUCAUAUUUAUCUACUGGUUAACCAAGUAAAAUUUGCCCAUUUCUUUCAAUUGAUCUCUCUGUUGGGCCACGUCUGGUUUGGUUUACCCAUGAUGUCAAUUUGUUCUGUGAUCAUCGGUGUUCUAGUAAAGAAUCUAAAGAUCGAAAAAAAACAUAAAAUAUUUUGUGUACA